AUGUUUCAGCCUGACCGAGACUCACUUUUCAAUGACAAAAUUCAGCAAUUUUGUCAUCAUCCUUCCAUCGUCCUCAUCAUUUUGAGGAAGACUUCAGAGUGGAUGAUGUCUGACAGGGAGGUUCUGUUGGAUCUGGACUACGCGGGCGAACCACAACCCAUGGACAGUUACGGGAGCCUGCACAACGGGGGCUUCAUCCCCCAGCGAUAUCUCUCCACUGCGGCCACAGGUGACAGCCUUGAGGAGGAUGAUAAUGACCCCAUCUACAUCCACUGUGACGCCAGAACCAGCCAACCAGCCCCCCUCGUUGGGAACUACUUCAGAGACGGAAGAACCAAAAUAGAUUUUGUGUUGGUGUGGGAGCUGCGCUCCCGGAAAAAGCGUCGCUCCAAAGGGAGGGGGGCGGGGGCAGCCGGUGAAGGGGGGGGCGGGGGGGAUGAAGGCGGGGAGGAGAGCAGGUCCGAGAGGCACCAUGCCCAGCUAGCUCGCUGGAGGGACAAAUUCACCCAGAAUCUAUGGACUGCCGGCUUACUGGUGGAGAAGGAGGUAACAUCAAGUGAAAAGAAGACCAUCCAUUAUCUGAAACUCAACGCUCCCUGGGAGGUGCUGCUGUACUACGCGGAGGAGCUCUGCCUUAGAGCGCCCCUACAGGCCCAGCCGAACCCUGACUUCAACUCAUCUGCUCGGGUUCUGAGGAAACUGUGCAUUCCAAACAUCAUGGAGGAGUCGGUUCCCAACAGACCGCUGGACUACUACACGUGUGCCUUCCGAAAGUCCAAGAUGGAGAAGUUUUUAGGCUGUGAAAAACGUGACACCUAUUUCACAAACACGCAGAGACACCGUAUUGUGUAUGAGAUUCUGUCGAGGACCUUGUAUGGCAAGAGGAAGCGUGCGGAGGUGGGCGUGGCCCGACUGCUCAACGAGGGGGCAUUCACCGCGGCCUUUCCCCUGCACGAGGGUCCCUUCGAGCUCCCAGACUUUGAGGUGCGUCCAGACGAGCUGAACCAGAGGCAGGUUCUGUUCCACUACUGGGCCCGCUGGUCCAGGUGGUACAAGUACCAGCCCCUGGACCACAUCAGAGAGUACUUCGGAGAGAAGAUAGCCUUGUACUUUGCUUGGCUGGGCUUCUACACCGCCUGGCUGCUGCCCGCCGCGGUGGUGGGCACCUUCGUCUUCGUGUCUGGAGUCAUGUCCAUGGGGAGUAACACACCUGCCAAGGAGAUAUGCUCCAGUGGGUCCAGCUUCCUGAUGUGUCCUCUCUGUGAGAAGUGCCAGGCUUGGAACAUGUCCGACAUCUGCCCCAUGGCCAAGAUGGGCUACCUGUUCGAUCACCCUGGUACAGUGUUCUUCAGCGUCUUCAUGUCCUUCUGGGCCGUCACCUUCCUGGAGUACUGGAAGCGCAAGAUGGCCACCCUGGCUCACCACUGGGACUGUAUGGAUUUCCACGAGGAGGAGGAGCGGCCAAGGCCAGAGUUUGCAGCCAUGGCCCCUGCCAUGGAGCACAACCCAGUGACCGGCGUGAAGGAGCCCUACUUCCCUGAGAAGGCCCGGCUCUCCCGCAUGGUCACUGGCUCCAUGGUCAUCGUCGUCAUGCUGUGCGUGGUGAUGAUCUUCCUGGUGACAGUCAUCAUGUACCGCGGCAUCAUCAGUGUCAAGAUGUACGACACGGGCAGCGCUGUCUUGCGCACUCAGGCAGGAAACAUUGCCAACAUCUCGGGCAGCAUGGUGAAUCUGGCCCUGAUCCUGCUGAUGGGGCAGGUUUAUACAGCGUUAGCAGAGCAGCUCACAAAAUGGGAGAUGCACAGAACCCAGACCCAGUAUGAAGACGCCUUCACGUUCAAGGUGUUUGUGUUCCAGUUUGUCAACUUCUACUCAUCUCCCUUCUAUGUGGCCUUCUUCAAGGGAAGGUUUGUUGGGUUCCCGGGUCAUUAUGGAACUCUGUUUGGGAUGAGGAAUGAGGAUUGUGGCCCCGGCGGUUGUCUCAUUGAGCUUGCUGAACAGCUCUUCAUCAUCAUGGUGGGGAAACAGCUCAUCAGCAACGUUCAGGAGUUUGUAAUCCCGUACGUUUCUUCAGAUCCUGCAGAGUCAGGAAUACGACUGCUUUUGUUUUGCUUUUGCAUCCCUAUUGCUUCACUGCAGUCUGACUAGACUGUCACACUAACAGCCUUGGGAAACACACACUUCUCU